AUGGGACGUACAAAACGAAAAAGACGUCAGAAAAUUUCACGUAGUUUCUGCACUUGUGGCGCAAACGAAGAAUUAAUAUUAUUAAAUACUUGGCUUAAGAAAAAUGGUGUAAGACGGAAGAAAGAAUUGGCUCUGGCGGUAUUCAGUGAUACAGGCCGCGGAGUGCUCACAAAAAAGAGAAUCCGACCUGGAGACGAACUUAUUAGCUUACCUUUAAAUCUUACUAUUAAUGUAUCCACAAUCCUGAUGGACCGGGCGUUUUGUAGCAUUUUCCUAGAAAAUAAAAUACCUUGUUUAUCUACCUACAAGAAAACAGUGUCGUUUCAGUCACUAUUAGCAUUUUAUUUGACAUAUCUGAAAGCUCAAGGUAUUAAAACAAAGUGGCACAUUUACCUAAAAAAUUUGCCCCAAGAAUAUACUGUACCAUAUUUUUUGCCGAACGAAAUAAAAUGCAACGUAGAUCCUGAGAUUUUAGAUGUGAUUUCGAAUCAAAAAUGUGUCAUAGAAACAACAUAUAAUAUUUUUUUUCAAUUAUUAAAAACAUGCAAAAAUUCAUGUGAUUCUGUUUCUAUGGUACAAAAACACUUUAGUAUGUCAUUGUAUGAAUGGGCCUACUUCACAGUUAAUACUAGGUGUGUAUAUAUAGACCUAUCAAAAAUAAUAGAUUUAAAAAAUGUUGAAAACAAUUUGUUGAAUAUAAUUAGCGAUAACACUAAUAUUUCUCUAUGUCCAUAUUUAGAUAUGAUUAACCACAGCCCAUGUGCAAGAAAUGAAACAAAACUUCUAGUCAAUAAAGAUAUUGAGAAUGUAAAAGUUAAAGAUUUAAAAGAUGAAUUAUUUUUAGAUGUAACAUUUUCUAUAUACACAAAGAAUUUUUUUGAUGCUCACUCGCAAGUCUUUAUUUGCUAUGGCGACAGUCACAAUUUAAAAUUAAUUACAGAAUAUGGAUUUUGUAUACCAAAAAAUGAUUUGGACUAUGUAUCAUUCCCUUUUGAUAUUGUUCUACAAUACUUUAAUACAAGGUCAAUUAAAGUCUCUUUAGAACAGAUUAAUUUUAUUCAUAGUCAUGGCCUAAAUAAAGAUUUACACAUAGAUUCCAAAGGCUUAAGUUAUAAUUUUUAUGGAUUGUUAAUGGUCAUAAAAUAUUACCACGAGAAAAAUAAAGAUAUAAGUAGAUUAAUUUAUUCAGCAGCAAUAUGUUCAAAUGAUAGUAAAUUGAAUGAACUAGUAAAACCUAUGGCAGUUGAUAAAUGUAACUUAAUCAGUAAUUCAGUGAAUGAACUGAAAAAAACUGGAUGUGAAGCGGUUGAAUUAAUGAAUUGUAUAGAGCUUAUGUGUCAAUAUAUUGGUAUAUUAGAGAAGUUUAUUAAAUCUUAAUUUCCAAUAAGGUUUUGUAAAUUA